AAACCAGAACAAAACCUGUAAUCGUUGUUUCUGUAUAUCGAUUUCAAUCGAAUCAAUAAAAAAACGUUCAUCACUGAUCGCUAACUGUAACUGUAACGUUCAUGAAACGAAUUUGAAGCAAUGUCUUUGAAACGAUUACAAUUAGCUCGCACACUCUUUCGUUCAUCUCAGAUUCAACCAGAAUCUUCAUCCAAUUUGUUUGGUAGCUGCAGAAGCUAUUCCAAUGCUUUAACAAACGGUUCUGAUUGUAGUUUUAAGAGCUUCCAUCCUAAUUUGUUUAAAGGCAAUCAUGGAUUUUCAUCUGCUAGUGUUAAAAAUUUGACACUUCGAUCUACGAUGGCUGCGGAGUGUUCCAAUUUCAUGAAUGAUAGAAGGAUGUCAACUGCUGCAACGCAAAGACCUUCUGCACAAGUGCGGGGUGUGGGAGCACAGAUAGCCGUGUCAAGUCCCGGUUUUAUCUAUGAACCUUACGAACCUCGUGAGAAAAUCCCAUUUUGGCGAAGGAUGUUCACUAGAAGUGGUUGGAAAAGAACGAAAGACGACAUGAUUCUGGAGCUCAAAAAUGCUUAUGCCAUUGCAAAAUUAAGAAAAACAGGAUAUUCAAAGAAACAGUUCUACAGAGAGGCUGUCAGUUUGUACAAGGAGAUAAACACACUAAUAGCUAAUGGUGACAAAAAAUUAUUAAGGAAAGCAGUUACCGAGAAGAUGUUUUCUACACUUAAGAAUGAAAUUAAACAAAGAGAAACUACUUGGAGCCAGGUUUAUUGGGAAAUGGUUGAGCCUAUUGUUAUGGUACGAACUCUGCGUGCUCGUAUGAUUGGAGUUGACCGGAAAGACCUAAAUAAAGUAUUUUAUCAGCUCACUCUUGAAAUUUUGGCUAAACAAAAAUUUGAAGCAUAUGACUCAAAAGGUUCUGUUGUUGCUGGAGAUAAAGACAAGGAGGUUCUUGUCCGUGAUAUAUGGGUAUUUGAGAAGUCUACGUUUCACCCUGGAGCACACUGGCGUCUUUGUGGACGGAUAUCUCCAAAAGCAUCAUAGCUAUCUCCAUGAAAGAAGGGACCAAAUUUUAUGCAGAUGGACCAAAGAGAACUCCAUCUUCAACAUCCGGGCAUCUGCUACAAGCUCUAUAAUUUCAUUACUAAAACUCUGGCUUCGCAAGUGUUGAAGACAGUCACUUUAGGGUGUUCAACGCAUUAUAGUUAUACUUCAACUGCACCAAGAGCUUCUGAUUCUGAAGUAGACAAGGUGGUAAGGUCAAAGACACCAUAUAAUAAGGCUGAAGAUAAGGAUUCUCCAUGCAUGAAAACUAACGAGAUGGUUAGAGACGACAUGGCAAGAUUGCCAAAAAGGAUGUCUCUAAAGAAAUCUGUAAGU